UACAGAUAACACAAGACAUUUUUUGCAAGAUGGCGUCUCAAUUUUAUAUUUACGCUCUCACUUUGUCACUAGUGAUUUUAAGUGUAAAUUGUUUAUUAAAUAAUUGGCAACAAAGUUCAGAUCUCAUACACGAACAGAAUGCAGCUAGACAUUCUUCUACAAGCCGGUUUAGACGGCAGAGUCCACUACUAGGGAACAAAAACUACGCAAGAGCGGCGGCUGUUCAACCAAGUGUGGUGGUCGUGCCUGGAGUUCCUAACAACGCUUACAGAGGUUCACCUUAUGGAACACAAGGCGUUCCGUAUGGAACUCAGGGAGCUGGUUACGGCGUCAACAGAGCCCCAACCGUGGUAGUCAGCGUACCAGACAACAACUACAUGACUCCGGUAGUAGCCAACCCAUACGUCCCAAGAAUAUAGGCUACGUCAAAACACGAAAAUGGCAUAAGACAC